UAUAUAUACGGAAAAUCAGCCUUCAUAAACUUAAAAGUGACUUGGCUACGAACCUGACAGUACUCGUUUGAUCAGCAUUUGUAGAUUUGCGAAUUAUAAAAAGGGAACAUGCAAACUAGGUUUCUUUGGGUUUCAUUGAUUCUACUUGUUUUCCCGGCCAGAGAAAAAGGUUUCGUGGAGGCCGGACAUUAUUAUGUUUAUUCUUGCCCAUUGCAUAGGGCAGUCUCUUCUUCGUGUUCAAGCAUCAGAAAAAGAUACGCUCCGUAUGGAAUUAGACAUACGUUUAUAAAGAUAGGAUCUACAUGCUACGACUGGGGAAUCUGGAAUUAUCCUAGACAAAUCGAUUGCAAUGAUUCAGCCCUUUCUUGUUGCUACCGAUUCAAAAGACUAGAAAGAAGGCAAUUUACCUGGUGUGCUGAUGAUAUCUCUGAGUUUGAAACUGCCUGGCGCAAUGAGGGAAAAAAUUAUAACUUGUUUACAUGGAAUUGCCAGAUAUAUUCCGACAAGAUGUCUGAAUUCCUAGAAACUUGCGACACCUCUAGACUCUUUGAAUAGAGACAUAACUUUGUAAAUUCAAAUGGAAAUAGAAGUUACCGAAAGUGUCGUUUUCAUAUUAACCAAUUUCAGCGGUCAUUCCCAAGCGUUCUUGAAUGGAAUAUAAAAAAUCUUACAUAUUGUAAAUUAACAUGAUUCUGGAGACAUGCUACCUUUAAAAUGCUGCUUUAAACAUUAUUGAUAAUGAUCAUUAGGCUUCAAUAUUUAUUUUGUAUUACAAGUAUACUCUCAAUGUAUAACUGUUUUUGAAUAACUGAACACUUUAGUUCAUCGGUUACAUAUGUAAGCAUGUUUUGUUGUUACUGUAAUUUAUUAAAAUAAAUAUAGUUAAACAGUUUAUGCUUAGGAUCAUGCACACUUUCUAAAUGCAACCACUUUCUAGCGUUAAAUUCAACGUCUAAUUUGUUAUGUUGGUCUUGUGUUUUGUUUCGACAAGAACCAUAUACACAAACAUAUAUGAAUAUUUGUAAUUUAUAUUCAUAUGAUACAUACAUUUUGUAUUUUUGUCAAAUUUAUUCAAUGCAAUGUGUGAAGAUUUAUUUUCUGUAAGCUACACAGUAGCAUUAUGUUUGCAAGUGAAUGUAGUUUGUUUUGUAUAGGUAUUUUCAAUAAAAAAAACAACAAUUUUUGUAAAAAUGUGUAUACCUUCUUCGCUUUCACAUGUUAUUAUCAAUAUUAAAUACGCUGUCUUGUCA